AUGGCUCAUAUCCUGAGCUCCAUCAGCAGACGGUGGCGCUCACACCGUGAAGCCUCAGGCGUUGGACAAACCCGGAAGCUGAGCAAGAAAGUCAGGGUAAUUCAUGCCCAAACUGGCCGCACAGUCAGUAUAGCAACCACAACAACGCCCGAGAACCUGUUGAAAUGCCAUCCACAAGAUCAGUCACCUCUGUUCAAGUUACCAGCAGAGAUUCGCACGCUCAUCUUCACCUACGCCUUGACUCCCGAUCCCUGGACAGACUCUUUCGACGCCCAGCUUGGACAUCCUACAGGCCGCUUCUACACGCAGAUCUUGCAGACAUGUCGACUGAUCUGGCUGGAGGCCAACACCUACCUGCUCGACAAUGCGGCGCCAGAGUUCUUUCUGUACCGCAGCAACCCAUUCGGCGAUUCCACCGACGAGGGACAUUCCAGAGUCCGAGGGGUCGAGGAAUUGGAACGCUUCGUGUUCUGGCUGACUCCCAACAACCUGGCGCGGAUGCACUUGACCAUCAAUGUCGACAUGGAGGUGUUGACGCAGCAGAAUUCUGGCAAGACGUUUGGCGGUGGUAGCACGAAAUGGCCAUCGCGAGUCACAAUGAUCUUGCGGUUUCGAAGGUAUACGGUACGCCCACAACUUGCGGUCGACCACAGCGCCGAUCCUGAUGUCGCGGAGGAUGUCAUCUCUGAGGUGCUGCAGCAUGCCGCUCUUGCGGGUGUCACACGCUUUACACUGAGGAUGCAAGCCAUCGUAGAGCUAAGGAGCGAACUGAACCUCACUGUUAUGCGUCUUUCAUCGGCGUCGAUCCGCGAUGUGCUUGCUCCGGGUUGGCUACUCGACUCCAGUCGCUGCGAGAGCCCAAGGCGCGAUGACCGGUCGAAGGAUGGUAGCUUUGAUGUUGCGGUCCUUGAAUGGUAUCGCAACGACGGAGGCCCGGAUUAUUGUCAAACCCAGGACCUUGGGGACGUCCAAACACCUAACGAUGGGCAGAGCUUUGUUGGUGCGGCGGCUGCUUACUCGAAGCACUGGAACACGCAAGGAAGCCUUCUCCAUUUGCUUGCGCAUCAUUGA